AUGGGCGCCAAUGAUGCCGCAUACGGUGCUAUCAUUCCUUACCUUGAGGAGUACUACGAUCUGACAUAUGUUGUCGUCUCGCUAGUGUUCCUAUCUCCGAUGGGUGGAUACAUCAGUGCUGCACUCCUCAACAACUGGCUACACAUCCACUUUGGUCAACGGGGCAUUGCUUUCCUUGGACCUGUUUGCCAUCUAGUGGCCUACGUAGGCAUUGCCCUCCAUCCGCCAUACCCCGUUUUGGUGAUCUUGUUCAUCUUCUCGGGAUUUGGAAACGGCAUUGAAGACGCAGCCUGGAACGCCUGGGCAGGCAGUCUAGCGAAUGCGAACGAGGUUCUGGGAUUUGUGCAUGGGCUAUAUGGGCUGGGGGCUUUGCUUAGCCCGCUAGCUGCUACUAGCUUGAUUGCGAAGCGUGGAUGGCAAUGGUAUCAGUUCUACUACAUCAUGCUCGGUGGCGCCUGCAUUGAGCUUGCGACAUCGCUUUAUGCAUUCCGAUCGAGUUCAGGUCAAGUGUAUCGAGAAAAAUCGCUUCGCGCGAAUGCGGAAGGUGAGAGCCGUCUUAAGCAGGCACUCAGAAGUCGCGUCACCUGGAUUGCCGCUAUCUUCCUCUUCGGAUAUGUCGGAGCCGGUGGAGCGCUUGGAGGCUGGAUCGUUAUCUUCAUGCGCCGUGAAAGAGCAGGCGGCGAAUUCGAAUCUGGGGUUGUCGCGACCGGAUUCUGGACUGGCAUCGCUGCUGGCCGCCUUGUCUUGAGCUUCAUCACACCAAAGCUUGGCGAGAAGCUCGCUGUUCUGGUACGGUCAAGAUCGGAAUGGAACCUGCAUAAGCUAAUUGCACGACAGAUAUACAUUGUUAUCGCCAUCACAUGCCAACUCAUGUUCUGGCUCGUUCCAUCCUUCCACGUCUCAGCCAUCUUUGUCGCACUACAAGGCUUCUUCCUCGGUCCGCUCUUUCCAGCUGUCAUCGUCGCAGCGACUAAAGCUCUUCCGCCACAUCUCCAUAUCUCUGCGAUAGGCUUUGCUGCUGCGAUAGGUGUUGGCGGAGGUGCUGCGUUACCCUUUGCUAUCGGAUCGCUUGCUCAAACAAAAGGCCUUGGUGUCCUACAACCUAUCAUUCUGGCUGUUCUCGCAGCUCUCUUGGUUCUGUGGCUGUGCUUUCCGAAAUUGGAAAAGAGAAAGACGGAAGGAGGGGUGCCACUGCUCUCGCCAGAAGAACAAAGAAAAUGGUGGCUCAACGUCGAUAUUGAUCUUGUAGAGACCAUGAGACGCGUUCUGAGGAGGGCUGCGGGUGGCCAGAUGGUCGCAACUGCCUAG